CGUCCCAGCCCGUGUCAACCCAUUCACCUUAGCAGCAAAGGGAAAGAUGACAGUAGAGAAACGUGAGGAGUGCCACAGAAAAGUCACCGCUUUUGUGGUGAAAAGGCUGCAUCCCUUCUCAGAAGUAGAAGCACCUACAUUUCGGGACAUGCUUUUUACUCUUAACCCCAACUACACCCCCCCUACCAGAGAUUAUCUGACAAAUCACUUAAUACCAUCUUGGUAUGAGAUUGAAAAGUCAAAUAUAAUCACUGAGCUUAGUGAAGUUAGCCAUGUUGCCCUCACAUCUGACGGCUGGACUAGUAUUGCGCAAGACCACUACCUUACUGUCACAGCACACUAUUUAGUGGAAGGCAAAAUGAGGCAAAAAGUGCUCCAAACCAAGGCUGUCUACAAAGCCCAGACAGGAAUCGUCAUAGCAGAGGAGAUUGCAGAUGUCUUGACAGAUUUUGGCAUUUUUGACAAAAUAGUGGCAGUCACAGUUAACAAUGCUGCAAAUAUGGAUGUAGCCAUACACAGGCUCCAAUUUGUGAAGCUGGGCUGCUUUGCUCACACUUUGAAUCUGGCAGCACAGAGUCUCUACUCAUUGGCCAUCAUGUCUCAAUGGAUAGCAAAGAUCCGUGCACUUGUUGUGUGGAUUAAGAGGUCAUCAAUGGCUAAGACCGUGCUCCAGGAGAAGCAGGCUAUCCUAAGUAAGACUCACUGAGUUACAUUCAUUUGAUUGUUGUGAAUUGUAUUUAAUUAAAUAAUGCUUGUUUUUUUCAAUACAAAGCACUGUAUGCGUUU